AACUUCAUCCUCGCCGUCAUUGAUUGUUUUUAUUUUCUUUCGAAAAACGUGUUUUCUGUGAUUAAAUUAAUUCUCAAACAAUGCUGAAAAAUAAAGGAAAUCCAGGAUUUUGUCCUGUGUGUGGUUCCAUCUUGCCUCUGUUGAACAUUGCAGGAGAUAUUCAAUGCUACGCCUGCGACAUCACACUCAACCCAGAAACUCUGGGGAAAAUGGAGAGUGAAUACACAAUUCACUUCAACACCUAUAAACCCGUGGUGAAGAAGGAAAAGGAUGCAGAAGCAGAAGGUCCGGUAAUUGAGAGAAAAUGCCCCAAGUGUGGGAAUGACAAAAUGAGCUAUGCCACCCUCCAGCUGAGAUCUGCGGAUGAAGGGCAGACGGUGUUUUACACCUGCACCAAAUGCAAAUUCAAAGAGUCCGAAAACUCUUAAAAACCGCCAUUUCAUCGCAGUGUGCGGCGAAUUCAUGUUCGCCGCUGCUUUUGACCACAUUCGGUGGCUUUUCGGGUGAGGUCGUCAACAAUUUUCCCGCCAAUUUGCAAAAGUUGCUGGAAGUUUUAAUUGAAAUGUGAAGAAAAAUGUGAAAAAUGCGAUGGAAAAAGCCCAAUACUGUAAGUUUUCCAAAUAAAAUAAACUUAUUUUGAAGCGUC